CACAAGACACGCACACUACUGUUCCAACAGCUGGGCAAACAACUAUGGCCGCAUAGAGCUGUGUCUCCUUUGUCUCCUCUCGACGGCUGGGACGCAACGAAGUCAACGCCAUAAGUGGACACACGAUACGUCUGCCUUUCUGCCGGAUUUACCUCUCCUCUGAUCAGUUCGAUGACCACUAGCCGGCCGUAGAGUUGCCGUCCACCCUAGGAAAGAGGCCUGGAUGAAUGAGGCUCAUUGCAAGCUGCAUCAAGCGGUACGUUGUCUGGAGUUCUCUUCCUGAUGAUUUCACCUCGGUGUUUUCUCUCACAUGUAAGUCUCCUCCAUUUUCUCCUCCGCACUCGUCAUCCCGUCCGUGACCUCGACCAACUGUGUAUACAUAAAAGUUCUCGUCAAGAUGCACGCUGAGAGCACCUAGCUGGGCCCACCUGCAUGUGUCUCUUGUGGUGUGGCAUCGAGUUGGUGUCCCUGUCGUGGCCAUUCCCUGUGUCUCCACCUAAUUGACCAACCAAGCGGAGCAAUCGCAGGAUGUAUCGAGCAGGCGAGAGACGCCGUGGAUGCAUCGAUUCGACCUCACGGCGUGGAGUGGAUGAAUGGAUGUGCUAUUGACUUGCCCGCCGCUGCCAAAUUCCACCGACAGAGACACGUGUCAUGCAAUACACGUUGGUGGAUGCUCUGGUCUAGUGAUGCACCUGAAGGUUCAUCUACGUGUGAGCUGCAGGAGGCUUGAUGCCGCUCCCCAAGGCGCGAAUGGGCCGCAGGCGACUUCGAUCCCCUGUAAUGCCCACACAUACAAUGUCAUACAAUGUCGCGGACUGUUCGCGAUCGGUCGACUUGACCUCGAAUGAGUCCGAUGUCCGAAUCAUGUACUGGUGGCGGUCAGCGGAGACUGCGGCCGGAGGGCUCCGGAGCUGGCC